AUGGAGUAUAUAUCGGCUGAUAUUGGCUCUUACAUUGGAGGAAAAGUUCACCAUUGGGAUUGGGUUGACCCAGAUUUGAUGUCCCUCUUAGAGUUAGAUGGUUUUCUAACUGACGUUGGCUACCAAGAGCAAGUGAAGACCAAGAACAUAGAAGAGUUUCGGGUUAAGAAUAACUAUUCUUACUACUAUAGAAAGGAGGGAAUGAAUAUGAAGGAAGGGCUGGUGGAGUUAAAGUCUGAUCAAGACUUACUAUCUAUGUACAUAGAUAGACUUACUAUCUAUGUGCAAAAGUUGUAUCUCAUUAAGAAAAAGGAUUUGGAAGACAACCUAUCGACAACCAAUUUGAGAGCUAGUCCAAAUGCAAUGCCACAAACAAAUGAAGUAGGUGAAGAUAUAGACACAGAUUGUGGGGAUUCAGAUGAUCUAGGCAGCUGCCAUUCGAGUGAUGACGAGAGUCGAACAAGAAAAAAAUUAGAAGAGUUUAAUCCGGCAAGAGAUAUGGAAAAUCCCCAGUUCUGUGUUGGAAAAAUUUUCAGGGACUUAAAUACUUUCAAGGAGGCUAUUAUAGCUUAUUCAAUCAAGAACAAGUUCCCAUUGAGGUUUGCCCAUAGUGAUCCGACGAGAGUUCAGGUAUGUUGUGAUAAAAAUUGUGCUUGGAACAUUUGGGCAUCACCUUCUCAAGAUGGGAACAAAGUUCACAUUAAAGCAUGCACCCUACAACAUGACAGAUGUGUUCUGCUUACAAGGCACAAGUGGUUCACUUACAAAUUCAUCGUCAGGAAGUAUCUUCUCAGAUUCGAAAUUGAUCCUAAAUGGGGUAAUGACUCAAUAGCUCAAACGGUGGAAGAAGAUUUUCACUAUAGCACUUCGAAAUGGACAGCAAGAAAGGCUCGAGAAUAUGCAGUGAACUUGAUACGACGGUUGCUUGUAAGGAGGGCUUUGCAGCCGGUUGCAGGAAGAUCAUCUUCCUUGACGGUUGCUUCUUGA